GCGGCUGGGGCGAGAGCGGCACGUGGGGUUGGGGGGGGGCCGGUUUGUUUUUUGCGCUUCCCCGCGGGCUCGGCCGCGAGGGCAGGGUCACGUGCCGGGGGCGGGGGGUGUGUGUGUGUGUCCCGCGAGCAGCGGCGACGCGUCACGUGAGGCAGGCAAGAUGGCGGCUCCCGCGGACGGCGCCGACCUGGAGGCCUCGCUGCUGAGCUUCGAGAAGCUGGACCGCGCCUCCCCGGACCUGUGGCCCGAGCAGCUGCCCGGGGUUGCUGAGUUCGCCGCUUCCUUCAAAAGCCCUAUUACAAGUUCUCCUCCCAAGUGGAUGGCUGAGUUAGAAAAUGAUGAUAUCGAUAUGUUAAAGGAGUUAGGGAGCCUCACUACAGCUAACCUGAUGGAGAAGGUUCGUGGCCUGCAGAACCUGGCUUAUCAGCUGGGACUGGAUGAAUCUAGAGAAAUGACUCGAGGGAAGUUCCUGAACAUCCUAGAGAAACCCAAAAAGUAGCUGCCGCAUCUGGAGGAUGGACAAAAAUACCCCAACUCGAUCAUUUUAUGUACUGCGAAUCCAGAUGAACUCCAGAACUUCUAAGAAGUACAAAGCUCUUGCUCUAGGCCUUCAGAAGCAAACAGCUCUUUUUGCUUCCACGUUACAGGGGAGACAUGUUGCCUGCACAGGUCACAAGGACUGCAAAUGGUUGCAUUGGAAUUAACUUCAUCUGACCAUAAGGUGUCCAACAGGAGGACUCGGCCCUGACGUGCUGUGGCAAAGUUACCUGUUCUAAUCAGCUCUUCAGGGUGAACAGCCAUUACUGUCGUUAUUCAGUUGCUCUCAGGGGCAGCACCUGUUUGAAGCACACUGGCUGGUGCGUGUCAUGAGGCAUUGACCCUUUUGUGUGUCUUUUGUCUUAGAUGCAUUGAUUUCUGAUGGGCAACUUCUAUGCCAAAAGAUUUGAGCAGAGUUUGGGGUGUGGAUUGACUGAUAGUGCUGGUUCUGCAGGAGAAUAUACUUUUAGUAUGGAAGUUGAGUGCAGUCUGUGCGUUAGAUCCCAGUUACUCACUGCCUUCAGAGAAGCACAUCUGGUAGUCUUCGGGAACAACCUCCAGACCUUCGGUGUACCAGGAGCUUCAUCUUGCCGCUAAUCUUGUUCUCUAGUGAAAUCAAGACUUGCAGGCCAUAGGGGGUAAGGGGCGUUACUGUAUCAUGACGGAAAAUGUCCCUACAAAAACUUCAGCCAGUUCACAAAGAAACAGCUUUGUUGGUCCACUGCAAUUCUCUGCUUCUUACAGAGUUAGAAACUUGAAGAAAGUUACACAGUUGAAAGGCGGUAACAUUUUCAGUCAGCUCUCCAAGAAGGAGCAACAGGAUUGUUAGCCAUCUUGCAAGGAUGGUCUGCUUAUACAGAACCCUCACACUUCUGAAAAUAACAUUUUGUGGUAUUUUUAAUUAUUUAUUAAACAGCAACCUGAAAAUUUUCUUCCCCUACAAACUUAAAAUUUUUAAGACAGACUUUUCUGUGACCUGGUCUCUUUCAGCACACAGUUUUGAGCUUUAUGCAUCUUAUAAUUUAAUGUCUGUUCCUUCUGUUAAUGCACUUCUGCAUGUUUACCCUGAGAAGAUGUAAGGAGCGUGUUCAGACUUUUUAUUUUAUUUAAGAAUUUUUUUUCAUUUCAUCCUUUUUCCUAGAAAACAACAUUUUAAGCAUUAGUUAAUAUGUCCUUUCUAGGGUACAACAUAAUAUUGAAACAUUAGAUGAAGGGCAGGGUUUUUUCUCUAUUUAGAAAUGUUAUUUUUAGCAUGCAGGCUUUUCAAAACUUGUCAUUUCCCAGGCUGCAGUCACAUGUGAGAGGAGAAAUGACUUGGAAAUAGGCUGUCCAUAGAGCAUUACAUUUUUCUGUCUUUGCAGAGGGAGGAGGCUCUUUUCAGGUGCACGUGCAAUAAAGAGGAGGAGAUUUUAUUUUAAUCACAUAGACUCCUCUGAAUUUUUACUAAAAUGCUGGUGGCCUUUUGGUUUGCAGUCUGGAGUCUUGGUUAUUACUGGUCAGAAAUGGGCUCCUUUUGGACGCCUCCUGUUAACUAACUUUAAGCAGUUAAAACCCACAUCCCGGCAAGACCCUGCAGAAAUACUGAAUAGUUAAGAAUGUCGGGAGUCUUGAUUUUAAAUUUAAUGGAUUUAUUUCUGUACUUCACAGUUUAUGCAGGGCUGAGCUUAUCAGGAACUCCAUCCCUUGAGAACAGAAGAGUUAAGACAGAUGAAUGUGAAGAGAAGCUAAAAGUGAUAAUUCAGAAACAGAGAAAAAACCUGCUGGUGCAGACUGAUUUUGAUGUAACUUUAAAUAUUAAAUUAUACAUUUUGAAUGCAAUUUUAAGUUUUUAUACUAUAUACGUAAUAUAUAUACACACAUAUAUGACAUAAUGGGAUACUUCACCUGUAUGACCAAUAUGAGUUUGUGCAUUUUAUAGAGGUUUGUGAUCCAACACAUUAAGAAAUUGAAAGCUGAAAGGAGGAGGAAUAUAGGAGAAGAUAAGAAAGCCUGGCAUAGAAUUAUAUGCGUAUUUUCUGAUAUGUUCAGUAAGAAAUUUCAAACUAUAGGUAGUUUUUAGUAACACACGUGUUUAAAAAAACAAAACAAAACAACAAAA